CCAGUGGAGAGCACACAAGCCGCUUUAGGCGUCGCGAGUUUCAGAGCUAUCGCUGCUGCCUGCGGAUCCUCUCCUAGAGUUUGACCAACCGUCGUCUCGCUCGGCUUCCCCGGCACCGCCGAGAUGCUGUCUUGCCGCCUCCAGUGCGCGCUGGCCGCGCUGUCCAUCGUCCUGGCUCUGGGCGGUGUCACCGGCGCGCCCUCGGAUCCCCGACUCCGUCAGUUUCUGCAGAAGUCCCUGGCUGCUGCCGCGGGGAAGCAGGAACUGGCCAAGUACUUCUUGGCGGAGCUGCUGUCUGAACCCAACCAGACAGAGAAUGAUGCCCUGGAACCUGAAGAUUUGUCCCAGGCUGCUGAGCAGGAUGAAAUGAGGCUGGAACUGCAGAGAUCUGCUAACUCAAACCCUGCCAUGGCACCCCGAGAACGCAAAGCUGGCUGCAAGAAUUUCUUCUGGAAGACUUUCACAUCCUGUUAGCUUUAUUAAUUAUUGUUGUCCAUAUAAGACCUCUGAUUCCUUUCCUCCAAACCUCAUCCCUCUUCCCUAAUCCCCCAGUCCUCAGCAAGACCCUUGCAUUAGAAACUGAAGACUGUAAAUACAAAAUAAAAUUAUGGUGAAAUUAUGAAAAACAAGAA